UUAUUUUCACAAACAUAUCAGACUUAGGUUUUAUUUUCCUUCUCAGACAUCAAAAUCUCAAUUGCUCUCUCACCGGAAUCGCGCGCUGCUCAAUCCACAAUCCACAAUCCAUCGGAAUCUCAAUCUGAAUCGCUGGGUUAUCAUCUGCUCUCGAAUCUCUCUCAAUCUCUCGACAGGUUUAUCAAGUUUGUGGGUUUGCUCAAUCUCAAUUGGAAUCUCUUGGUUUGCUUUCAAGCUCUGAAUCGGAAUCUCUUGGUCUGCUGCAAUCUGAGUUCUACACUACUUCUCUGAAUCGCUGGGUUUGCUUUGUGGGUUUUCCGGGUUCUCUGAAUUGCUCUCUGAAUUGCUUUGUGCGUGGGGUCUGCUACCAAACUAGGGUUCUUCAUAAAAUUCCUGAUAUAUAACAUGGAUCGUGCCACGUGGAUGUACAAAUUACCGCGGGUUUCACAUGAGUAUGUUAGUGGGGUUAACGAAUUCAUUUCAUGUGCGGUUGAGAACAUAAAACAGAAGGGCACCGAACAGGGUAAAGAAGAAAUGAUCACAUGUCCCUGUCGUGACUGUUAUAAUUUAAAAAAGUAUCCUGAUGCCGAGACAGUGCGUGGACAUUUAUUUCGGCGUGGCUUCAUGGAAAAUUAUACUAAGUGGAUCUGGCAUGGUGAAGGAAUACAAUCCAGAAGACCAGUGACAGUUAGCAGAACAUAUGAAAGUUAUGGAGAUAGUAUGGAUACUAAUAACGAAGAUGAUGUAGAAAACGACAAGGUCCAUGAGAUGAUCGAAGAUGUUGAAGAUCUUCUAAUGCACCAGCCGGAGGUUCUUGAACACUUGGUUGAUGACUCCAAGAAACUUCUGUAUCCCGGGUGCAGUGAUCAGUUUACGAGGUUGUCAACUACCCUUAAAUUGUGUAAGCUUAAAGUGAAGAAUGGGUGGAGUGACAAAAGUUUCACCGAAAUGCUAAAACUUCUGGCAGACAUUCUUCCUCCGAAGAACGAGCUUCCCACCUCCACCUAUGAGGCGAAGAAGAUAUUGUGUCCGAUGGGUAUGAAUGUGAAGAAGAUACAUGCAUGUCCAAAUGACUGUGUGUUGUUUCGCAAUGAGCACGAACAUCUACACGCCUGUCCAAAAUGCGGAGCAUCUAGGUUCAAGCGGGAGGGAAGUAGUUCUUCAACUAAUGACAAGAAGAGGCCUCCGGUCAAGGUUUUGCGUUAUCUGCCUAUAGUGGAACGAUUCAGACGACUCUUUGCAUAUGUAAAUGAUGCGAAACUGUUAAGGUGGCAUGUUGAAGGAAGAAAAUCAGAUGGGAUGUUUCGACACCCAGCCGACUCACCACAAUGGAGAACCAUUGAUGGAAAGUUUCCGGAAUUCGGCGGAGAACUUAGAAACCUUCGACUUGGCCUUUGUGCAGAUGGCAUGAAUUCGUAUCGGACUCUAAGUUCUCAACAUAGUACUUGGCCGGUUCUUUUAACAAUUUAUAACUUGCCUCCUUGGUUAUGCAUGAAGCGCAAGUACAUUAUGUUGACACUGCUAAUCCCCGGUCCUAAAGAGGCAAGAAAUAACAUAGAUGUUUAUCUUCAGCCACUUAUUGAAGAUCUACGGUUAUUGUGGGAUCAAGGUGAGAGGAUAUAUGAUGCAUACAGCCAAACAGACUUCACCUUGCGUGCCAUGAUUUUUUGCACCAUAAGUGACUUUCCGGGCUAUGGAAACCUUUCAGGGUAUAGUGUCAAAGGAGCUAAAGCAUGUCCUAUUUGUGAGGAUGCUACGAUCGACAUUCGCUUACACAAUUGCAAAAAAAAUGUAUAUAUGGGUCAUCGUACUUUUCUCCCCAUUAACCACCCUUAUCGUAAGAGGAAAGAUUCUUUUGAUGGCACUGUCGAGACUCGGGUGGCUCGUUUACCUUUAACCGGGAAGGAGGUCUUUCAACGAGUCAAAGAUAUUGAUGUUGUGCUUGGGAAGUUAUAUAAAAAGCCAACAACAAGUAGCACCUGGAAGAAGAGAUCUAUAUUCUGGGAUCUUCCAUAUUGGGAGCACUUGCAAGUUCGACAUUGUCUUGAUUUUAUGCAUAUUGAAAAAAAUGUUUGUGAAAGCAUUAUUGGAACUCUGUUGAAUAUACCUGGCAAGACAAAAGAUGGCAUGAAAGCUAGAUUAGACUUGCAGCAGAUGGGUGUUCGAGCAGAGUUAGCACCGCAACAAAAGGGUAAACGUACAUAUCUACCUCCAGCUUGCUUCACUUUGUCUAGAAAAGAGAAAAUCAGCUUCUGUGAGUGUUUGUCUACCGUGAAAGUCCCAUCUGGAUAUUCCUCGAACCCUAAAAACUUUGUCUCAAUGAAAGAUUUGAAGCUGAUAGGUUUGAAGUCGCAUGACUGUCACGUGUUAAUGCAACAUCUGCUUCCGGUUGCAAUUCGAGGAAUAUUGCCCAAGCACGUGAGACUGGCUCUUAUGAAACUAUGUUUCUUCUUUAAUGCUAUAUGCAGUAAGGUCAUUGAUCCAAUGACAUUGGAUAAACUGCAAGCUGACAUUAUUGUCACACUCUGUGAAUUUGAAAUGUAUUUCUUUCACUCAUUCUUUGACAUUAUGGUGCAUUUAGUCAUUCAUCUUGUCAGAGAGGUUAAAAUUUGUGGUCCUUUAUUCCUGCAUCAAAUGUAUCCUUUCGAGAGAUUCUUGUGUAUCUUAAAAGCAUAUGUGAGAAACCGGCGUCUUCCGGAAGCCAGUAUUGUCGAAGGGUACACGGUUGAAGAGACUAUUGAAUUUUGCACGAACUACCUAGCAUCCGCUGAUCGAGUUGGAAUUCCAAGAUCUCGUCAUGAAGGAAGACUUGAAGGUCAGGGUACGUUGGGACAUAAAAUGAUCUCUCCUAGUGCUGAAUUGCUUGAUAGAGCCCAUUUAUUUGUAUUGCAACACAUGACUGAAGUGAAUCCCUAUUUACAAGAGCACUUAGUCGAGAUUCGACAAGGUCAUCCUUCUAAGAGUGGAAGAUGGGUUACAAACGAACACAAUCGAUCAUUUGUGAAAUGGUUUAAAGAUAAAGUGAUGUCUCAAUAUUCAACAAGUCAUUCUUCAGUUUCUGAUACAAUUAAAUGGCUAGCAUAUGAACCUGACAUGCCUGUGAGAUCGUAUCAAGCAUAUGAUGUUAAUGGGUAUACUUUCUAUACACAAAGUCAAGAUGACAAAAGCACUGUACAGAACAGUGGAGUGUGUGUGGAAGCUUCUUCAACGGAAUUUGAAAGAGGCAAUUCCUUGACAUCACGAGAUAUAAAGAAGUCAUACUAUGGGGUGAUUGAAGAAAUUUGGGAGCUUGACUACAGAUUUUUCAAGGUUGCUCUCUUUAGAUGUAAGUGGUUCGAUAUAAAGCGCGGUGUCCGGGUGGAUGACUUGGGCUUCACUUUGGUAGACUUUUUACGGUUUGGUCAUGAAGAUGACCCGUUCAUAUUCGCUACACAAGUGAAUCAAGUUUUCUAUGUUCGAGAUCCUGCUGAUGCUAAGUGGUCCAUUGUUCUUCAAAGCAAGCGACGCAUCAUUGGAAUUGAUAAUGUUGAAGAUGAGGACGAGUAUAAUCAAUUUGAUGAUAAUCCCCCUUUCUCCGUUGGUAUACAAACAACCACAUUAAGGGAAGACAAUGUAGAUAUAAAUUAUGCACGUAAUGACCAUGACGAAGGGGUCUGGAUCGAUGGUCAAGCGUGAAUUAACAUGUUCUGUUUUGUGUCUGUUUUGUGUGCCAUGGAAAUACAGGAAUUCGCUUGGUAACUAAGUGGUUGUUCCGGCUACUAUUGUGUGAGUCACGAAAGCAGACUUCUUCCAGUAUUUUGUUUAUUAUAAGCUACUGCUAUGGCCUAAACGAAAGGAGUGACUCUGUAUUGACUUGUAAAGUCACAAUAGUAUAUCGAGAACAGGAAUCAGGUUGUCCAGUUCUUGGUGUUGGCUUUAUUGGUUCUUUGGCUAGUACACCCCCGAAGCUCGGUGAUCACAGGUAAUAGCCAUGGAUGAUGAGGAUAAUGUACCAUCGGGUUCUAGUUCAGGAAGCAACAAAAAGACCAGGGGUCCUACUGUCUGUAAAAAACUGAAAAAAAGAAUUGAAAACCAGAAUUUGGAGUGUCAAAUUAAUUUUGAUGAAUAUGGUCAGCCAUGUGGGGACAUGCUUAAAGAUUUCACAAUUUAUCUAGGAUCAGUUGUCCGGUUUCAGGUUGACAUAAAUUUGGAGAGUUGGGACGUAGUUAAUCAAGGAUUAAAAGAUGUAAUUUGGGAUGAUAUUAAGAAUCGUUGGAAGCUCGAUGAUUCACGAAAAAAGAUUGUGCUAGAGAAGGCAGCAAAGCAAUGGCGGGAUUUCAAGGGUAAAUUGACAAAGAAUUUCUUGCGAACCAGAAAGGAUCCAUGUGAAGUCUAUCAUUUCAUCAGCCAAGAGUAGUGGGAAAUAUACAAAACUAGACGCCAAUCUGAGGAAUUUAAGGCGAUAAGUGACAAGGCAAAAAAAAGUCAGCAACAUAAUGAGCAUGUGCAUUUUCUUGGGCCGAGUGGAUAUCGUGCAAAAAGGACUAAGUGGUCUAUUGAGGAUCCCAUAGCUGGUUUGGAAAAUUCAGAAUCUCUUGACCCGUCGAUUUUAUCGAGUGAUCGUAGUGUACGUAGUUAUGAUUGGGUUAGAGCACGUACAAAAAAGAACGAUAAAGGCGAAUAUUACAUCCCAAACAGUCAAACAAAGGAAGUCUUCGAGAAAAUGAUGGAGAACCUAUAUAUGUGACAUACGAAGAUGUUGAUCAAUUUCUAAAAAGGAGCUGGUUAAAUAUACCCAUCUUGGAAAUCUUUUCAAAGUACAUUGGGAAGUUGUGCAAAGAGCUAAACGAUGAUAGGUUUGCAUUUAUGUCACCUUCUAGACUAGUGAUAAAUCACAAGCGUGAAUACAAUCGUAUUGAGGAUGCAACUCAAUAUAUGACACAAUUUUUAGUUGCAA